GUUAAGAGAAGUACUUAAUAUAGAAGAAUGCAUGAAUUAUAAUCGAAAUCCGGAAAAAUUGAGAGACUCCAGUUUUUUGUUCUUUUAUGAUACGACUUCAGUUUUUUUUUCAUCCAUAAAUAAGAAUCCACAUAGCAUUAUAAUAGAAAUUGGUGGCUACAUUGGUAACCAAGCAAAGAAACUUGUGAAACCGAAUGUUCAAACAUACGUCGUUGUAGAACCAAUUAAACAGUUCUAUGACCAACUAAAAAGAAAUAUGAACUCUUUGGAAGGAAAAACUACUUUUCAAUUUUUCAAUUUUGGUUUAGGAAGAAAUUACAGCAAAGUAGCAAUAAACAAGGAUGCCGAUGGAACAUCACUUUUCCAUUCUAACAAACUUACAAAUUCCAAAUCUAUUGACGUAGUAAAUGUUAUUGAUUUUUUCGUAUAUUUGGGUGUUGCAUGCGUCGAUGUUGAUUUGCUGAAUAUAAAUUGCGAAGGCUGCGAGUUUGAAGUCUUAGAAAUGCUAGCAGCGACAAAUCUGAUAGAGAAAGUUGUCAAUAUCCAGUUUCAGCCGCAUUUUAUGUAUAAGGAAGUAGGUUCGUACUCUUGUAGAUAUUGUCGUCUGGUUGAACUGCUUUCAAGAACUCAUGAAAUAUCAUAUCGAUUCAAUGUUAUUUGGGAAAUGUGGAGAAGAAAGUUUGAAAUUUGAUUAAAAUGUAAUAUAAAUAUAUAAA